AUGGUCGCUGUCGAGCUUAUUUUCUUUGAGACUUAUCUGCAAAACAUUAUGUCCGCGUGUCCAGCCUGCGACCAUCCUCUAAUACUGCCUCCUGACUUCGCAUACAUCGCUCUCAAAUUUCCUCGCAUCAGAGCCUCCCUCGAUUGUGAUCGCACAUUACCUCGCUGCAAAGAUUGCGAUCAAGCAGCAGCGGAGAAACGAGCCGCUGAUGCAAUCCUUCCACCACCAUAUUAUACCAAUCCAGUUGCGCAGAUCAAAAAACAAAUCGACUUGACACAAGAAUUGAUCAAGGCAGGAGUGCGGCGAGAAGAAUUGGGAAUGGAGCUUCCCGCUUUGAGGAGAGAAGGUGUAUUAAGGUUGCAGAAAAGAGUUGCAAAUAUACGAAGCGCUUGGCAUGAAUAUUGGGAGAUCUGGGGAUGGGACCAAGGGCAACCUCGACCAUGA